ACAUAUUUUGUUAAAUAUCAACGUUUAUUCACGUGAAGAAAAAGUUGUUAUAAUUGCAUAUAAACAGUGUUUUUAAUAACUAGUAAAAGAAUAGAAGUUUUAUUUUAAAACAAGUGAAGAAUUUAAUUCAAGAGCAUCAUUUAUUCGGAACCGUGGAAGAAAUAAUAUAAAAUGACUUCGGCGCUUUAUUUGGAGCAUUAUUUGGAUAGCCUUCAACAUUUACCGAUAGAGUUGCAGAGAAACUUUAAAUUAAUGAGGGAUCUCGACGACCGAGCGCACGGCCUAAUGAGGACAAUAGAUCUUAUGGCAGACGAAUUGCUUCCGAGCAUACCAAAAAUGGACGAGGAAACAAAGAAAGAAAAGGUGAACACUAUCCAAGGGUUGUUCAACAAGGCCAAAGAAUACGGGGACGAUAAAGUGCAACUCGCGAUACAGACGUACGAAUUAGUGGACAAACAUAUCCGUCGCCUUGACUCUGACCUCGCGCGCUUCGAAUCCGAAAUUCAAGAGAAAGUUAUGAGUUCACGUGUGGUCCAGCAGGCUGCUGCGGAUCAGGAGGCCAAUCCCACCACGGUCAAGAAAGGAAGAAAAAGGCUAAAGGGCGGCGAAAAAGCAGCGGCGUCGACGGGGAAGAAAAAACGCGCAGGUGCUUCCAGUGAGGACGACGCCGCCGCCAGCAGGUCCGCCGCGAAGAAGAAGACGCCGAGAAAGGGCACCACGAUUACGGCCAACGCCAACAAGGAGCAGGAGGAGAAUGCGGACUUGGACUCCGUGGCGGGCAUGGCUCACCCCAAACUCAGCGAAGAGUGGGCGCUAGCGGAGUGCGAGGGAGACUGGUGGCGUACGGCGCGCGUGGCGGCUGACUGCGACGUGCGGUAUGCCGGCGCCGCACCCGUCGAGCGUGCGUCCUCCGCGCCCGCCACAGCUACCGCUGUCCGCUCUGCGCUGCACACUGCUAAGACUUUGAACCGGAAACUCCAGAAGGUGAACUUGGACAUCAGCGCGAAAGGAGUGCUGGUGUCAGAUGCCGAGACCAAUGACAACGUGCUCAGUGUGUCCAUUUACAGGAUCUCCUACUGCUCAGCGGACGCGGCCAACGCGCGCGUCUUCGCCGUGGUGGAAGGGAAGACGGUGGGCAAUGAAGAGUGCCACGUGGUCCACGUCUUCGUCUGCGAGAGGAGGAAGCAGGCUAGAGCACUAGCGCUGUCCCUUGCGCACGCUUUCAAUGAUGCUUACCAGGCCUGGCAAGCGAACCAGGCGUGUUCCCUGAACUCCGGCAGCAAACAUGUGGUGAAUCCAUGGGUGAACUUUGCCGAAGAAUCUGAUGACGACAAUACGGAGGAAUGGGAGUCCCCUGCGCCUCUUGUCACCUUCGCCUGAACGAGUUUAGGUCAAAAAAACAUGAUGUGCGGGCUCUCUGCUUUUAAGAACGACGAUCUACAAAUAAUUAAUGUUAUUUAUAUAAGUUUAAACAUAGAAAAUAUACAAUUAAAUACUUUGAAAGACUUUAGGAUGUAGUACAAAAAUAAUAAUUUUAAUAUGAUUUAAAAACAUAAAUAUUAGGAACUGUAAGAAAUAUUGUUAAUAAGUAAUUUAAUAAGCUGUGUUUAUUAU